AUGAAAUGGAUACCGGCAGUAUCGAAACGAACUAUGUUUAUAUAUUUCAUAUUAUUGUUUCUAUUAUACUUAUUCUAUGCUCUGAAUACUUAUUUAGUUGACGAAAGAAAGCUUACUCAGAAAUAUUUGUUUUUCAAACGACACAUAUCAAACUAUACAAGCGUCUCAGUGAGAUUUGCUUCGUUCUUGGGUAUUAAUAUUGGCGAAGAUAACAACUACCAAAGUCAAUAUCCAGUGAAAAGAUUGCCAGAUGCUCUUAUUAUUGGUGUUAAAAAGUGUGGUACACGGGCUUUGUUAGAGUUUUUAAGAUUGCAUCCAGAUGUUAGAGCGGCAGGAUCAGAAGUGCAUUUCUUUGAUAAAUAUUAUCAAAAAGGCUUCGAAUGGUACAGAGACAAAAUGCCGACAACCAUUAAAGGUCAGAUUACUAUGGAGAAGACCCCGUCAUACUGGGUGACGAGAUCAGCCCCAAAACGCGUAUAUGCAAUGAAUCCUUCGGUCAAGUUGCUUGCAGUAGUGAGAGACCCAGUUACUAGAGCCAUCAGUGACUACACUCAGUCGGCAAGCAAAAGACCAAGCCUGCCCCGUUUCGAAGACUUAGCAUUAGUGAAUAGCACGGUGGGCUGGGGCGGGAUACCGUCUGUCGUGGAUGCAACCUGGCCACCCGUCAGGUUGGGCGUCUACGCCCGUCCGCUACGCCGUUGGCUCCGAAGGUUCCCCAGGACCAGACUCCUGCUGAUAAGUGGUGAGAGGCUCGUGGCAGACCCAGCUGCUGAGAUGGCCAGAGUCCAGGAAUUCCUUGGUCUGAAGCGCGUGAUCACCGACAAGCAUUUCUACUUCAACUCGACGAAGGGCUUCCCGUGUCUCCUGAAGUCUGAGAGCCGCUCGAUACCUCACUGCUUAGGGAAAACAAAGGGCAGAAGUCAUCCACAUAUCGAUCCGACGGCUAUAGAGCGGUUGAGGGACUUUUAUCGGCCAUUUAACGAAAGAUUUUAUCAAAUGUCAGGCAUUAAUUUUGGUUGGCCAUAACAUCUGAUUGUUGAAGAAUUGUUAGCGUUAUAUCACAUCAUCAGCCCACUGCAGUCCACUACACGCUGGACAUAGGCCUCUCCCAAGGCAGGCCUUCACUGGGCACGAUCUUCAGCUUAUAUAUCUUAUAACACAUGUUGAUUUAAAACGUGUGAAAUUAGGUAGUCAACUGUGAUUUAUAUUGUAUUUGAUUGAUUUUACUUAUAUUUGUAGUGAAUGAAUACUCAA